AUGUCUCGCCGCGUCAGACCUGGCUACCAUCGACAAGAAAUCAACAAAACCUCAUGGGAGGUACCGGAUCGGUACCGCGAGUUGAAGCAGGUGGGGACGGGGGCUUACGGGACUGUGUGCUCCGCAGUGGACGUCAGAACCAAAACCAAAGUGGCCAUCAAGAAGCUGUAUCGGCCUUUCCAGUCGGAACUGUUUGCCAAACGGGCCUACAGGGAGCUACGACUUCUCAAACACAUCAAGCAUGAAAAUGUGAUCGGCCUCUUGGAUGUGUUCACGGCGGACCUUUCUUUGGACAGAUUUAAUGAUUUCUACCUGGUUAUGCCGUUCAUGGGGACAGACUUGGGCAAAGUGAUGAAACUGCAGAGGCUGUCUGAAGAAAAAAUCCAAUAUUUGGUCUAUCAAAUUCUCAAAGGUCUCAAGUUUAUUCAUUCUGCUGGGAUCAUUCACAGGGACCUCAAACCAGGAAAUCUUGCCAUUAACCAAGACUGUGAGCUCAAGAUUUUGGACUUCGGUUUAGCGCGUCAGGCCGACAGCGAGAUGACGGGCUACGUGGUGACGCGCUGGUACCGAGCCCCGGAGGUCAUCUUGAGUUGGAUGCACUACAGUCAGACCGUGGAUAUUUGGUCAGUCGGUUGCAUCAUGGCGGAGAUGUUACAAGGAAAACCCCUCUUUAAAGGCAAUGACCAUCUCGAUCAGCUGACUGAAAUCAUGAAAAUCACUGGAACGCCAUCUCAGGAAUUGAUGGGCAAACUACAAUCAGAAGAUGCUAAAAACUACAUCAAAAGUAUUAAAAAAGUAGAAAAGAAAGACCUUCGCAAAGUCUUCUCCAACGCCAAUCCACAAGCCGUGUCCGUGCUGGAGCGGAUGCUAUUGCUGGAUCCGGAUGAGCGGACGACUGCGGCGGACGCCCUCACGCUGCCGUAUUUCAGGGAAUUUCGGGAACCGGAAGAGGAGACAGAAGCGCAGCCGUACGACGACUCUUUGGAUAACGCGGAUCUGCCUUUGGAACAGUGGAAACGUCACACCUUCACGGAAAUAUUAACUUUCAAGCCUUUUGUGAUGGAAUCCAAGGAAACCUCUUUGUAA